AGCUUCUUCGGCAGGUGACAUGAGUCAAUUUUUUUUUUUAGUUUAUGUUUUUCUCCCUGUGAUCAAAUCCCCAAUCUUGUCCUCCUCAGGACGUGAGGAGACACACAGGAAGACAUUCAUUUAUUUAGCUCCUGCGCUCAUUUAUCUUCCUCCCCCUCGUCUCUUUGCCUGACUGGCUGCUGAGCUGACUGACUGUCUGGAUGGUUGGCUCUCUCUCUCGCUGGACUCUCACAGGCAGUUCACUCGCACACUGCGCGAGCUUCACUGAGACUGCGGUGGAGGGAGACAGUUGGCUUUGCUCAGGGCUCUGGAAAGUGCAGGAUCUCUGCCUGGUUUCUCUCCCUGUGUUUUGGUGGACUGUUAGAUGAGAGCAGAGCAAAUCCUGAGCUCUCAUCCAGCACCGACCACUGACCAUCACUUUCUGUGCUGCAUCCAUGACUUUACAUACCUGGCUGGUGUAUGGGCUUGGAUUUAUCUUGGUUUUGGCACUCUGCUUGGCAGACGUCCAGGGGCUGCAGUGCUAUGGCUGCAACAUCCUCCAGGGCCAGAAGUACGUGGACGUGGGCUGCUCCAACCCAGAGGUCAUCACCUGCACCCACUCACACAGGGGCUUCAAGCACCGCUUCUGCAUCAAGACAGAGAGCACGGCCCUGGGUAUUGUCCUGACCAGCGGUUGUGCCACAUCCAGACACUGCCAGCAACAUGAGCUACCAGGGGUGCGCAUCCACUGCUGUGACUCCGACCUGUGUAACAGCACCUCCUCCUGGAGGCCGGGCACACUCCACUAUGUCUGCGGGAUGUUCAGCCUCUUGCUGAUGAGGAUGUGGUGGUGAUGUGGAGUCAUUUUCGAAGAGGAACACAACACCGACGGACAAUGGGAGAAACAUUUUUGUAUGAGAAGCUCGUACGUGUGUUUCCUCAGCUGCUCAUGUGUAGAGCGGAAUGAGCGUUUUACUGGUGAUACAGGCGAGCACCUUGACACGUAGCUUUCGUUACUAUUGUUAACUUUGACUUACUGUCACAGAAAAGUUAAAAAUAAUCCUGUGAAUAUGUUUGAUCAAAAGAACGAUGAAACAGCCAUGGGUGUAUUCAUUGGGCACAUCCACUUUCUCAAAUGUAGCUUGAACAGGAUAUUAUGGGCUGUGUUGUCGCCAUGGAUAGAAGAUCUUCAUUAGAGUCAUUUGUUUUAAAAGUUAUAAGAAGGUAGAUCCAAAUGAGCAGAAAGACACUGACAUAAUUUUGUACACAGGCUCCAAACAUAAAUUCAUCUUCUCUGUUCAAGACUUUGUUUUUCAUCUUUCUCAAGAGCAAAGUCUCUGUGUGCGGUGUGUUCUUUUCAGGUCACAGAUUUAUUUUGCUGUCGUGACUCUGAGUCAUGACACUUUGCAACAUGAGAGAUAUUUUUUAUUUUAGUGCACUGUCCGGUUCUCCAGGCUGAGCUUGGUCGAGCACACUGCAUGUGGUUCUAUGUAAGAUAGUGGGAAAUAUUGUACAGUUGAAGCAUGUAAUGUUGUGAA